AUGUCUAAAAACAAAAAAGAUUUGUAUACAAAACUAUUGGAAGAAGAGUUGAAAAUAGACAAACUUUUAAAUGAUGACAAAAAUCAAAUUCAAGUCAAAUUAUUGCACCAGUAUAACAAUAUUAAAGAUGCAACCCAAAUAGUUAUAAAUCACAUUGCUAAUUUAGAAGGAACAACCCUAACUGAUAUUCAUAAAAAACUAAAUCUUGAAGAAUGA